GGGAAAUCAACAGAAUAUUAUUAUUAUUAUUAUUUCUAUUAUUAUUUGAAGAUAAAAAUUGAUAUUUUUUUUUUUAAAUUAAAGGUCAUAUCAGUUAACAGCAUUUAACAAAACACAGUCAUGUUCAUUCUCAAGAGUCAAGAUUUUUACUUUGAUUAAGCUUGACGACAAUUCAUCGUUCCACAGUCUACAAUAUCCUAUAUUCCUAUACUCAUUGGAUUGAUAUAAAAAACGAAAAUAAAAAGAAGCAAUUCUACCGACCGGUUUCUAUUAUAAUUAUUAUUGAAUUUCGAGUAAAUUUCUUGGCUCUUGGUAUCGUCAAGCAACAUAAUAUGUACGUGAAUCGAAAUUGCAAUUGAGUGAAUCUAACUUGCAUGUGUACAGUUGUUUUAUUUUUAAAAAAAAAUACUCGAGUAAAUGCUGAUAAUUUUUUGUGCAACUUAUUAUAAUGAUGAUAGCUGAUUUAUUCGUAUUUCAUAAUCAUCAGAAAAACUGAUAGAGCUAUAUGAUACUCCAAAAAUAAUAUUGAAGAAGCAACAGAAGCUGCUUUCUACAUAUUACAAUUUAUCAUUAUUUUUUUUUCAAUUAAAUUUGAUAAUAAAUAUCAAUUUUUUUAUCAACAGUAAUUAUUUUUUGUAAUUUGUUAUGAGUGAAGAAUCUCUACCAUCUACGAAUGGAGGAAAUGAAGAGCAUGUUGAAUCACAUGGAAUACUAUCAAAGUAUUUCAAAUGGGUACGAUAUGUUUCGGUGGAACCAACAAUGUGGCUUUACAUGAUGGCCUUUAUGACAACAACUGUUAUUGAACAGUCACUUUUCAGCUACAAAGCAUGCAGAGUUGAUCAUAAUUUAACUGAAGAAAUAUGUAGAAAUCUUACAGCAAAUAACGCUUUAAAAGAAAAAGUUCAGAUAACAGUUUCUAAAUUUCAUCAGUGGAAUGAUAUUUCUGGUCAUGUGGUACCAAUUAUAUUGGCAUUAUUUUUGGGCAAUUGGAGUGACAGAAGAGGCAGGAAAUUACCCCUUGUAAUUGGAUUAACUGGUAAAGCAAUAUAUUCUGGAAUGGUUGUUGUAAAUAUGUUACAGCCAAAUUGGAAUUUAAAUAUGAUAGUUUGGACAGCAACAAUACCAUCGGGAAUGCUUGGUGGUGAUGUUGCCAUAUUUGCAAGUUGUUUUGCCUAUAUUGCUGAUGUAUCCUCACACAAACAAAGAACACUCAGGGUCACAAUCCUUGACAUUGCCUACUUGAGUGCAAUGCCAACAGGUAUAUAUCUUGGAUCAUAUUUGUAUAAUAAAGUUUUUGAUAAAUCUUAUACAAUAAUGUUUGCGAUAAAUACAUCACUACUUGUAUUGUCCAUAAUAUAUUCAUUGAUUUUUUUAAAAUGGCAAACUAAUGAACGCCAAAAGCCAGUUGACACCAAAAAUAUAAUAUCAGAUUUUUUUGAUAAAGACCAUGUAAUUAGUACAUUUAAAACUAUUACUAAAACACGACCAAAAUUUGGUAGACUACAUCUUUGGAUAUUAUUUAUUGCUAUGAUACUCUAUAUGUUUCAACGUGCUGAAACUCAAAUGAUUUUUUUAUACACUCAACGUGUUUUUAACUGGGAUGUUACAGCCAAUAGUUAUUUUCGAGUAUAUAAAUCAUCUUUGUUAAUCAUUGCUAUGCUUAUUGUUGCUCGGACUUUGGAUGGAGUAAUAAGAGACACGUACAUUGUGGCUCUUGGGGCAUUGUCCCAUGCUAUUGGAAGAGUUUUAUUUGCCACUGCUAAAACAACAACAGUAUUUUAUAUUGGUGCUAGUUUUGCUGCAUUUGGACCAAUUGUUGCUCCAACAUUACGAUCAAUGACAUCAAAAGUUGUACCAGCUCAUGAACGAGGUAAAGCUUUUGCAAUUUUAGCAGUUUGUGAUAAUGCUGUUCCAUUGAUAAGCAGUCCAUUGUACAGUCAGCUCUACAUCAAAACGUUAAAUUAUUUUCCAAGUGCAAUUUAUUGGCUGACAUUUGCAACACAAGUUUCAAUAUUAUUCUUGGCUUUAAUUAUUCGGUGUACAAUGAGGUCAAACGAAGAAGAAUUUGAAGACAAUGAAAAUGAACAAUCAAGUUCAGACAAAAGAACUACUGCUCAAGACAAAACAGAAGAAUGAAAACAACAAAUUAUUUGUCAAUUAAAAUAUUUUAAUUGAUCACCAAGUGGUCACUAGUACUAAUCAAUUAAAUUUAUAAAUUUUUUAAAUUAUCAAAGCCCUUCAUAAUGUUGCUAACCGACUGAUAUUUACUCGAAUAUUACAAACUGUUAUUUACUUAUUCAUUUUAAUUUUUUUUUUUUUUUUAAUUUGAGAUUAUAUAGAUGGUUGAAUAUUUUGAAUAUUUUUUAAAUUAUUAAUUUUUUUAAAAGACAUAAAAAAUAAAUAAAUAAUUUGAUAAUAUUUUUUAUAAACUUUUUAAUUGAAUUGUAAGUUCAUGAUAGAAUUUUAUGUGCCAUAUCAUCAAAUAAAUGUUGAAUAUAAUUCACGUAAUGCAUUGAAUUGCAUAACAAGUAUUUUGCAGUUAAAAUUUCUUCACUGAAAAUCAUGUUUUUUUUUUUUUCCAACUUAAAGAAAACAAAAUGUAAUAAAGCACGUAUCAUAAUUAUAAUAUUUAGCACAAACAGUGUAAAGAUAUUAAAAAUAUAAUUAAAAAAUUCAAGGCAAUUUCCUUGUUUUUCAUC